GCUCCUGGAGGCGUGCUGCAGCCACGUCCCGCGGUACCCCAGGGAAGCCGACCCCGGCUUGGAGAUCCUCACGGUUGCAGACAUGUCCGAAGUGAAGAGCCGGAAGAAGCCAGGGCCCAAGGGGGCUGCCGCCGAGCCCGAGAAGCGGAGCGAUGGCAGGAAGAACCCCGAAGCACCGGGAGGCGCGGGCUGGGCGGACCCCCGCACCGGGCUCAGCCUGCUGUCGCUGGCGACGUGCCUGGGCCUGGCCUGGCUUGUAUUUCAGCAGUCGGAAAAGUUUUCGAAGAUGGAAAACCAGUACCAGUUACUGCAAACAGAAAGCGGCGAGUUUCAAGGACUACGGAAUAAAAUCAGUUUAAUUUCAGACAAGCUUGAGUCUACUGAAAGUAUCCUGCAGGAAGCUACAUCAUCCAUGGCUCUGAUGACCCAGUUUGAACAGGAAGUAUCUGGCCUCCAAAGAUCCAUGCAGGACAUUGAGAAUAGUGAAGAGAUGCUCACACAGAAGAUGCAAAACCUUAAUGAAAAAUUCCAGAACAUUACAGAUUUCUGGAAGAGAACUCUGGCAGAAGUGAGCAAUAGUACAGCCAUUUUCAAAUCAGAAGCAAAGCAUAUACAUUCUCAAGUAACCAUGAAAAUUAACUCAGCUGAGCAAGAAAUGAAAUCGCUCACUGACCGGCUGAAAGAUUUGGAAGACAGCACCCUGCGAAACGUCAGAACAGUAAGCAGGCAAGAAGAGGAAGACCUUCUCCGAGUGCAGGCGCAGCUGAGCUCUGAUUCGAAAGCAGUUGAGAAGCUGGAAGAAGAGCAGCACGCUCUCCUAGCCAGAGAUGAAGAUCUGACCAGUAAACUUGCCAACUACGAACCCAAAGUUGAGGAGUGCAAGGCACAUUUGCCAGCUGUAGAAAAUGCGAUCCACUCCAUUCUCAGAGUCUCUCAGGAUCUGAUGGGGACAGAAAAGAAAAUGGAAGACCUGACUCUGCAGAUGUUUAACAUGGAAGAUGACAUGCUAAGGGCAGUGUCUGAUAUAAUGGAGAUGCAGACGACCCUGGAGGGAAUUCAGUACGACAAUAGCAUAUUAAAGAUGCAAAACGAACUGGUUGUUCUGAAAGGGAAAGUUCACGAUUUCAUAGCCUAUUCAAGUGCAAGAGAGAAGGGGACUUUGGGGAAAUAUGACCUAGAAAAUAAGGGAGCUGAUGAUUAUUAGGGUCCCUGCACACUUUUGAUGGACUGUAUUAUUCAGUGGAAAUCAGUCAGUUCUAUGUUUUUUUAGUCAUAUUUUUCUGCCUCACUUUAUAGAGAAUAAGUGGAGUAUGGACCACAUGGAGUGUGCACAUAAUUAGAGUUCUCUCUUUUUAAGCUCUAAAAUUUAUUUUAACCAUUUUAAAUAGAAAUAGUUCUGCUGGGAGGUGGUGGUGCACACCUUUAAUCCCAGCAUGCAGAGGCAGCAGCAGGCAGAUCUCUGAGUUCAAAGCCAGCAUGGUCUACAGAGUGAGUUCUAGAACAGCCAGGGCUACACAGAGAAACACUUUCUCAGAAAAAAAGAAAGAAAAAGAAACAGAAAGAAAGAAAUAGUUCUAAAAUAUAUAUUGCUCUACUUUUUAGGCAAUAUAUUUAAUAUUUACAUGUCUUUCCCAUAGUUAAUAGACAUUAUUACGAUUUUUUUUGUUUUGUUUUCCAAGACAGGGUUUCUCUGUGUAGCUUUUCACCUUUGCUGGAACUCACUCUGUAGCCCAGGCUGGCUUCGAACUCACAGAGAUCCUCCUGCCUCUGCCUCCCGAGUGCUGGGAUUGAAGGCGUGCGCCACCAUCGCCCAGCUUGAAUUGCAUUUAUUAUACCAGAGAUAUAUGUAUAUAUAGAGAGACAUAGAUA